UACCUUUGGCUGGUCGCAAAAUAUUGCAACUUUUUAGUACUCGGACAUCUAAACAAGUGAUCCAGAAAAAUGGCCACCAGAGGUUCCCAAUGGUUCCUUUGGAUCGCUUCGAUUCUUCUGAUAGCAGUGGUAUCACAAGGGCAGUUAACCACUGACUUUUAUGACUCCACUUGCCCGCAAGCUGCCACAAUUGUAAAGCAAAAGGUCGAUGAAAUCGUUGACGCCGAUAAAGGAAUGGCUGCAGGUCUGAUGCGCCUGCAUUUCCAUGAUUGCUUCGUUCGGGGCUGCGAUGGAUCGGUGCUUCUGAUUUCGACCAAUACUACACUCGCUGAGAAAGAGGCGCUCAUAAACAACGGCUCCCUUCGAGGAUUUGAGCAUAUUGACGAUAUAAAGAUGGAGCUCGAGUGCGCAUGCCCAGGUGUCGUGUCGUGUGCCGACAUUUUGGCCAUGGUGGCGAGGGACGCCACUGUUAAGCUCGGAGGCUUGAGCUGGCCAGUGUUUCUGGGCCGCAUCGAUGGACGAUCGUCAGUUGCAGACGAGGUCAACACCAGUCUACCAUUCCGAACAUACAACUUCUCCCAGCUAGUUGCGACUUUCGCCAAAGUUGGACUAGACACCAAGGACAUGAUCGUCCUUUCAGGCGGGCACUCUAUCGGACAACUCCACUGCGGAGCAUUCUUCGAGCGCCUGUGGGACUUUCAAGGUCAGAAUAUCACAGACCCAUCGAUGGACCCGGAAUUCGCCGAGUCUCUCAAGGCCCAGUGCCCUCGCGACAACCCUCUCCUCUUCAAAGGGGCCGAUUCCACGAACGCCACAUUCGACGCCGUUUACUACUUGGACCUUCUGACCCGCAAGGGCCUGAUGGACUCGGACGUGGCGCUGAUGAGCGAUCCCUUGGGAGUGGAAUACGCCAUCAAAGCUGUGCAGGACCCCUACUCCUUCCUGUUCGAGUUUGGAAUGGCCAUGAUCAAAAUGGGCAACAUUCCAGCGAGCGAUCCUUACGGCUGGAGGAAGAAUUGCGCAGUCAUUAAGCCAUGCAACUUCUGAAAUCCAUAGAAAACAACUCAGAUAACGUCUCUCAUUGCAACUGUACGGGACAGAGAACAGGCUAAGAAAAAGAAACAGGCUAAAAGUCCGUAGCACUUUUACAACUUCAUGAUCUUCGGAUUAAAUCACGUGUAAAUAUGGUUCACAUCAACUUCAUGAGACAGGUAGAGUACUUGAAGUGAGAUUACUCGCCCAUUGGCGACAAAUGUCCAUUUAGUACAUUGAGAGU